UAUCAAUCCAGUUGAUGGCUUUGGUUAUGAGGAUGAGUGGCUUUCGUCACGUCUCCGUUUUGUUAUUCACUUUCAUAUUGUCAUGAACUGAGGAUAAAUGCCUAAGAGGAUUACUUGUGCUGCCUAUGAGGGGGAUUUCUAUCUCUUGAAACAUUGGGUUAAAUGAUCCCAUAAAAACUGACUAUGAUGAAAGAUCACCUAUGGUAUGAACUUCAUGCAUCCGACCUAUUCUUCCAUGAAUCACUUAAUGAUGAAACUUACUGUGCUAGCUCUUCAUUAGGCAUAAAAAAAAGUCUUGUUUUUAUCAAUAGAUGAUAUCUAUUAUCUGAUUAGAUGUGUGUUUUUCAUUAGGUUUUACCAGUUGAAAUUGUUAAUGCAUAGAUUUAUGGUGGCUGCCAAUACUUGGAAUUGCAUUGAAGAGCUAUAGUUCAAUUUGUUUGUAUUUUUGUACGGUACUAUGUGACUCAUGGAAAAAAUAGGUUACUAUGUGAAUUUUGGGUUGGGGGGAGUACUUGAAGGAGUCAUGAGUAAAAUAACUGGUAGUAGAAGUGGUUGAGAUAUUGUUAGGAUGGAUAUGGCAUAAAAGUUUUGGAUGGAUCCUGCUCCCGUCAAAUUUUCGCUGCUGCGUAUUCAGGUGCCAUGAGUAUAAGGUGGCCCAGAGUAUUGACACCCACCUACCUCUCCCAGAUUUUGCAAUUGCAAAAAAACCCAUUAAAGGCUCUCCAAAUUUUCAGAGAAGCCCAAUCAAGGUACCCCAAGUACCACCACAAUGGUCCAGCAUAUGCCACUAUGAUUAGCAUCCUUGGGAAAUCAGGGCGAAUCACAGAGAUGAAGGACGUAAUAGAGCAGAUGAGGAGGGACUCAUGUGAAUGUAAAGAUUCAGUCUUUGUAUCAGCUAUUAAGACAUAUGCUGAAGCUAGAAUGGUAGAUGAGGCUAUCUCUUUGUAUCAUAGCAUUCCUCGGUUUAACUGUAUUAACUGGACGGAAUCUUUCAAUACCCUGCUGAAGAUAUUGGUGAAAGAGAACAGGCUUGAAGCUGCUUACCAUCUUUUUAGGGAGAGCUCUUAUGGUUGGCAAGUGAAGUCUCGUGUUCAGUCCUUGAACCUGCUUAUGGAAGUUCUUUGCAAGAAGAAUCGAUCCGAUCUUGCACUGCAUAUAUUCCAAGAGAUGGACUAUCAAGGUUGCUACCCAGAUAGAGACAGUUAUGCAAUCUUAAUGAAAGGAUUGUGCCAAGAUGGGAGGCUGCAUGAGGGUAAGCAUUUAUUAUAUUCAAUGUUCUGGAGAAUCUCACAGAAAGGCAGUAGUGAGGAUAUUGUGAUAUACAGAAUUCUUUUAGAUGCUUUAUGUGAUAAUGGUCAAAUUGAAGAAGCCACAGAAAUUCUUGGUAAGAUUUUGAGAAAAGGACUAAAAGCUCCGAAGCGUUGUUGUCACCGGCUCGAUCUUACUCGGUGCAAUGACGGUGAGGAUAUAGAAGGCAUGAAGUGCAUGAUUCAUGAAGCGCUUUUCAAAGGAACCAUACCAAGUUUGGCCACCUACAGUGCUAUGUCUAUUGAUCUAUAUAAAGAUGGUAAGAUUGUUGAGGCUGAUAAAGUCAUAGCGGAAAUGCAAGAUAGAGGCUAUAGACCAACACCUCCUAUUUUUGAGGCAAAAGUGGAAGCCUUGUGUAAAGAAACUUAUGUAGAUGAAGCAAUGAAGGUCAUAGAAGAGGACAUGGUGAAAGCCAAUUGCCUACCAUCUGCCAGCGUGUACAAUGUUGUGUUGAAAAGCCUAUGUAAUGAAGGUCAAUCAAUGCUGGCCCUUGAGUAUCUAAAUAAGAUAUCCAAGAAGUCAGGUUGCAAAGUUGACAACGAAUCUUACACCAUUGUACUGGAAACACUGUGUCGUGAGAGAAGAUAUAUCGAAGCGAGUCAACUUUUGGAGCAGAUGUCGAUCAAGUCAUAUUGGCCUUGUUCUUAUACUUACAAUUCACUCAUUAGUGGUCUUUGCUCUGUGGGAAGCCAGUAUGAAGCUGUAAUGUGGUUGGAGGAGAUGAUAAGCCAAAGUAAGCUGCCAGAAAUUAGUGUCUGGAAUCUAUUGGUGUGUUUGUUUUGUGAUUCAGAGAAGAUGAAAGUGUCCACUGAAACAUUACAUCGCCUAUGUAGGGUUGGGGCAACUUCAUUUCUGGGGACCAAAAGUCUCCAAAAUCCAUAAACAAUGCAUUGCGCGCACGGUGUGAUAUAAUACUCAAUUAUUAUGCCAACUAAUCCCCCACACUAAUCUGAAUUAUAUAUUUCAAUUGGCUAUCAGAGUUCUGUUUGCAAAUCCUUCUCAUAGCUACUUCCCACGCUACAAAAUCCACUAGUUUCCUAUCCAUUAAUUAAUAAUAGUAUUUAUUUUAUUGUUCCUGUCGGGCGAUAUGUUUAUUUUGCUUAUGCUUUUGGGUUGAGUUGUUUUUAUGUUUGUUUGUAUGAUGAUAUUGGCCUUACUUAUUUAAUGGUAGGGACUUGAGUGGA